UUCUUAAACCCCUCGUUUGGUUUGGAAAACCCUAGUAAGCUCUUCAUUCUCUCGUCGUGGUCGUCCAGCAAUCAGCAAUGGCUCUAUCGUCCCUCCGUCUUCGUCGAUCAUUAUCCCUCUCAUCGUCUCUUUUCAGGCACCAUCGCUUCUUCUCUGCAACAUCUUCUGCUUCUUCUUCCUUUUCUGUUUUAGAUCGUCCAAUUUCCUCGGCAUCCUUAAUUACAAAUAUUCUUCAAAACCCUAGCCCUCGAUUCCCUUCAAAUCCUUUCCGGAUUCAAUCUCUUUCGUUCCACUCGUCGCCCUCAUUGUCCUAUUCAUCGUCGUCAAGGUCACGCAAUGAUGAUGAAAAGAUAUCGCCAGACACGAUUCUGUUCGAGGGUUGCGAUUACAAUCAUUGGCUCAUCACCAUGGAGUUCCCCAAAGAUCCCAAACCCACUCCUGAGGAGAUGGUCGAGACCUAUGUUCAAACCCUAGCAAAAGUUGUUGGGAGUGUGGAAGAGGCAAAGAAAAGAAUGUAUGCCUGUAGCACAACAACCUAUACUGGCUUCCAGGCUGUGAUGACUGAGGAAAUGUCAGAGAAGUUUCGAGGUUUGCCUGGAGUUGUUUUUAUUUUGCCCGAUUCCUACAUUGAUCCGGUGAACAAGGAGUAUGGAGGAGACAAAUACAUUAAUGGGACAAUCAUCCCAAGGCCUCCUCCUGUUCAAUAUGGAAGGUCACAAGGAAGAUAUGGUGACCGAAAUCGAAAUUAUGACAGGCCAAGAUAUGACAGACAAAGAGACUCGAUGCCAACCCAACAAGGAAACCCACCAUAUGAUCGCCAAGGAUCAAUGCAGGGAGAUGGAAGGAAUUAUGGACCCCAGCAGAACUAUGCACCCCAACAAAACUAUCCACCCCAACAAAACUAUCAACCUCAACAAAAUUAUCCAUCACAACAAAACUAUGCACCACAACAAAACUAUGGUUCAACUGGACAGGGAGAAAGAAGAGAUUUUAGGCCAACAGGCAACAUGGAUUAUGCUCCUGGAGGACAAGACAAUUAUCAGAGAGAGAGAAGAGAUGCAAUGCCUUCAUAUCAGAGGGAUAACAACCAAGGGGCGCAAGGAAACUACUAUUCUCAAGAACGUAGGGACUUACCACAAGGAGAUCGAAGGGACUAUGCACCUCCUGAACAUAGGGACCUUAAUAGGAACUUUGGACCUCAGAGUGGUGGGAAUUAUGGACAAGGAGCAGGUUCUGGAUAUGGUCAGAGUUACCCUGGGCAUGGAGAGCCUCAAAAUUUUUCACAAGUGGAGAGGAGGGAUGAUAUGCAAGGGGAUCAAAGAAACCAUGCACCUCAGGGACAAUUUGGAGUGAACCAGUUUUGAUGCAGGUGCGUUAUUGAGAGCACUUGGUGCUCGUUUUGAUGCAUUUGAAGGACUGGAAUACACAAACAAUGAUGGCGAUAAGGAUAAAAAGGACCUACGAAGUCAGUCCAGCUUGGUUUCAAAAACCAUAUACAAGCGUUUGGUUGGUACAGUCAAGUCAUGCAUGGGUUAUGUGCCGUAUCAUGUUGUAAUUAGCGUGUACUGAGUACUGGCUGACCUCUUGCACUCCAAGAUCCAAAAUAUUUGAAAUUUCAUCUUUUGUUAAAUUUCUCAUUUUUUUCCAGUUUAUUAUAUUAUAUGGGGAUGGUAUAUAAUUAAUGCGUUGCCUUAACCUAUUUAUCUCCAUUAUCGACUUGGAAUUUGCAUA